AUGGCCAUUGAACAAGUAACCAACGAGUCUCCUCCCUCUUCUCCUUUAGGAUCCUCCGUGAUCCCCAUCGUCAACAAGCUACAAGACAUAUUCGCUCAGCUCGGGACCCACUCUUCCAUCGAGCUUCCUCAGGUAGCUGUCGUUGGGAGCCAGAGCAGUGGCAAGUCCAGCGUCCUUGAAGCUCUCGUUGGCAGAGACUUUCUCCCACGUGGUAAUGAUAUCUGCACUCGUCGUCCUCUUGUUCUUCAGCUUGUUCAGACUAAAAGCAAGUCUAGUGGUGGAUCAGAUGACGAGUGGGGAGAGUUUCUUCAUUUGCCUAGUAACCAUCGUAUCUAUGACUUCUCGAAGAUUCGUCGCGAAAUUGAGGCUGAGACGAAUAAGUUAGCAGGAGAGAACAAAGGUGUUAAAGACAAGCAGAUUCGUUUGAAGAUAUUUUCUCCUAAUGUAUUGGAUAUCACACUUGUGGAUCUCCCUGGUAUCACUAAGGUGCCUGUGGGUGACCAGCCUACUGAUAUUGAAGCGCGUCACAGAACAAUAGGUGUUAUCACAAAGUUGGAUAUCAUGGACAAAGGUACCGAUGCUCGUAAUCUACUUCUUGGGAAAGUUGUGCCUCUACGACUUGGUUAUGUUGGAGUUGUAAACCGUUGCCAGGAGGAUAUUUUGCUAAACCGUUCAGUCAAGGACGCACUUACUGCAGAAGAGAAGUUCUUCCAGAGUCGCCCAGCUUAUCAUGGUCUUGCUGAUCGUGUGGGCAUCCCUCAGCUAGCAAAGAAGUUAAAUCAGAUUCUUGUUCAACAUAUCAAGGCUCUACUUCCUGAUUUGAAGUCGCGUAUAAGUAAUGCUUUAGUUGCUACAGCUAAGGAGCAUCAAAGCUAUGGUGAAGUUACAGAGUCCAGGGCUGGUCAAGGAGCUCUUCUUCUCAACUUUCUUUCAAAAUAUUGUGAAGCAUACUCUUCAUUGUUAGAAGGGAAAAGUGAAGAAAUGUCUACAUCAGAGCUCUCCGGAGGAGCUAGAAUUCACUAUAUUUUCCAGUCAAUCUUUGUUAAAAGCUUGGAGGAAGUUGAUCCAUGCGAAGACUUGACCGAUGAUGAUAUUCGGACAGCAAUCCAGAAUGCAACUGGUCCAAGAGCCGCAUUGUUUGUUCCAUACGUUCCAUUUGAAGUUCUUGUAAGGAGGCAGAUAUCUCGUUUGCUAGAUCCUAGCCUUCAGUGUGCUAGGUUCAUUUUUGAUGAGCUCAUAAAGAUUAGCCAUAAAUGUAUGAUGAAUGAGAUACAACGCUUCCCUGUCCUAAGAAAGCGUAUGGAUGAGGUUAUAAGAGAUUUCUUGAGAGAAGGUCUUGAACCCUCAGAAGCAAUGAUUGGGGAUCUUAUUGAUAUGGAGAUGGAUUACAUAAACACUUCACAUCCUAAUUUUAUUGGUGGAACCAAGGCUGUGGAGGUUGCAAUGCAGAAAGUGAAGUCUUCAAGGAUUCCCCACCCUGUUGUGGCAAGACCAAAGGAGACAGUGGAGCCUGAUAGAACAUCUUCUUCUUCCGCAAGUCAAGUGAAGUCUCGAUCAUUUCUCGGAAGACAAGCUAAUGGAAUUGUUUUGGAUCAGGGUGUUGUAUCUGCUGAUGCUGAAAAGGCACCACAAUCAAAUGCAAGUGAAUCAAGGUGGGGCAUUCCUUCAAUUUUUAGAGGGAGUGAUAAUAGGGGAGUCACCAAAGAAAACUUCUUAAACAAACCAUUCAAUGAUACUAUUGAGGAUAUGUCUCAGAGUAACUUAUCAAUGAUCUAUCUGAAGCAGCCCCCAGCUGUGCUGAGACCAUCAGAAACCCAUACAGAACAGGAAGAUGUCGAGAUUCAGAUAACAAAGCUGUUACUCAAAUCAUACUAUGACAUUGUGAGGAAGAAUAUUGAGGACUCAGUACCAAAAGCAAUCAUGCAUUUCCUGGUAAACCACACGAAACGUGAGCUGCACAAUGUCUUCAUCAAGAAGCUUUACAGGGAGAACUUGUUUGAAGAAAUGUUGCAAGAGCCAGAUGAGAUAGCAGGUAAGAGGAAACGCACUCAAGAGACUCUCCACAUUCUUCAACAAGCUUACAGGACACUAGACGAGUUACCCUUGGAAGUUGGAUCAGUGUCCAAUGGUGGUACUGAUACAACAAGCGUGUCAAAAUAUCUGGACUUACCUACAUCUUCUUCUUCGAUCUAUUCCACGAGCAGUUCAUCAUACUCAGCAUCUCCUGGUUCUGGAAGAAGAUAUAGAAGAGCAGGAGAUCAACACCAGAAUGGAUAUGGGUUCUGA